UCUGUCUUCACGCCGCUGCAUCUUCUCGCGGUAACGUUAGUUCACUCACUGUUAGCUUUGUAGCUAACCCCCAUCGUUUCCAGGUUUCGUGUCGACCUGAAAACAGCCAACGCAGAGAGACACAGAAAGGCUGCUCAGCGGGACAUUCUUACAUCUGGGCUGCAUAAAGGAGCUGGAUAAUGCCACACAACUUCCAGGCCGGAGACCUGGUCUUCGCUAAAAUGAAGGGAUACCCCCACUGGCCAGCCAGGAUUGAGGAUGUGGCUGAUGGAGCAGUUAAACCUCCUCCCAAUAAAAUUCCGAUAUUUUUCUUUGGGACUCAUGAGACAGCAUUCCUGGCAGCAAAGGACCUUUUUUCCUAUGAGAAGUACAAAGAGCGCUACGGAAAGCCCAACAAAAGGAAGGGAUUCAAUGAAGGUUUAUGGGAGAUCCAGAACAAUCCACAUGCCUCUUACAGUGCACCACCUGUACCAGCCAGCUCAUCUGACAGUGAGGGCAACAACGCUGGAAAAGGAAGUGACUUGGAUGAAGAUGAGGAAGAGGUUGCCGUUCCUCAGAAAGCAGAUUCAGCAAGUGAGGUUGACUCAGAUUCUGGGAGCGAAGACCAUGAAAGGGGAGGAGGAGGCGUGAAGCGAAAGCCAGCAGCUCCCAAGCGGCCUCCUCCUCCCAAAAAAUCCAGAGGCUCGUCCAGUGACCGAGAUGAAGAGGAGAGUGGAUCCCCCUCCGAGUCAGAACCCACACCCUCAGAGUCUGAUGCUGGAAAAAACAGUGACCAGGAUUUUACGCCAGAGAAGAAAACCGGUGGACGAGGUGGAAAGAAAGCUGGAGGCAGGGGAAAGAAAAAGAAGGCUACAUCAGACUCGGAUUCAGGUUCAGCCUCAGGGUCAGAGAAGAAAGCAGUUGACAGUGAUUCAGAGGAUGAGAAACCUAGACCAGCUCUGUCUGGCUCAGAAUCUCAGUCUGGCUCAAAGUCUGAAUCAGAAUCAGAUCCACCGCCUCGGAAGGGCCCACAAGCACGCAAGAAAGAGAAGCCUGCACCAAAGCCUCGUGCACGGAAACCCAAACCGGCACCUGCAAAACGAGCACCUUCAUCUUCCUCCGACAGUGACAGUGACAGUGAACCUGACCGCAUCAGUGAAUGGAAGAAACGCGAUGAGGAACGAAGACGAGAGCUUGAGGAGCGCAGGAAAAAGGAGGAGGCAGAGGAGCUCCGUCGGCUACGUGAGAGGGAGAAGGAAGAGGAUGAGAAAAAGAAAAAAGACAAGAGUAAAAAAGCAAGUGACAGUGACAGCAGCGGUAGCUCAGACGAAGGUGUAGAUGAGCACCCACUGAAGAAGUCUAAGAAACCACCUCCACCUCCGAUUCCUGCCCCUUCUGACUCUGAUUCUUCACCGCAAGCUGAGGUGAAGAAACCAUCUAAAAAGCCAGACAACCAGAAGAAAGCAAGGAUAAAGAAGGAGAAGGAGAGAAAAGAAAGAAAGGAGAAAGAGCUAAAAGAGAAGAAAGCAAAACGAUUAGAGGAAAAGUCCAGAGCCAGAUCUAAGCCUGAAAAACCCAAACGUAAACCAGAGAGGCCGCCAGAAAAGAGAGUGGAAAAGAAAAAGGAGCCAUCACCAGAAGAGCGGCUACAGAAACUCCACACAGAUAUAAAGUUUGCGCUCAAAGUGGACAACCCAGACAUAGAUCGGUGUCUACAGGCCCUGGCAGAGCUUGAGGCUGUUCCAGUCACCAGCCAGAUCCUCCAUAAGAAUGCUGAAGUUAUUGCCACAUUAAAGAAGAUCCGGCGGUAUAAAGCCAGCAAUGCAGUCAUGGAAAAAGCCAGUGACGUCUACAACAAGUUAAAACUUCGCUUUGUGGGAAAGGCAGAAGCAGCAGUUACACCUCCAAAAGACAAGGAACCGGAAGAUAAUGGGAAGGAGACACAAGAUGGAGACUCUACUCCAAUGAACGGGGAAUCGGAGCAGAAAAACGAUGAUAUGGAGGUUGAGGAAAAACCUAAAUCACCUGCCCAGGAGGUGGAGGAUGAGGAGGAGGAGGAGGAGGGGAAGAAGAAUAAUGACGAUAAUGAUACUUCAAGUCCAAACAGGCGGAGCCCAAGCAGUCCUGUUGAACAACAGACACACAGCUAUGAAGAAGAAGAAGAAGAAGACAACUCCAUCUCUGCAGAGGCGGAACCAUCUACAGUUGAAAGCUGAAAGACUUCUAACCACCAGUGCAGUGAACCAAGCACAAAAAGACGGUGGCCUCUUUGUUUGACAUCAUACAACACACACCCAGUAUCCCCUACAGUACCUGUCACAUCACUGUUGAUGUUUUGGACAUUUUGUACGAUAUGAUAUUCAGCCAGAAGGCCCUUUUGUUCACACCAGUUGUGUAUUUAUCCCAGCAAAAAGGAAAGCUUAUUAGUGUGAUAGUUUGUGGCACGGUGUGAAUCAGUUUUGUUCGUUUAUAAGACACUUGGCCUGUCCUGGAUCCUCAGCCUAAACCUCUGCUUCGUGGCUACUUUUGUUCGUUCUACCACAUGAACUCUUACAUUGGUUGUUCAUACUGUAUGUUGAUUGAAUGAUGACAGUUUUAGCACCUGUUACAAGAAUGUAGACAGGGCUAGUAUGAGAUCAAAAUCAAAAGGAUUCUUGUGGGGAGUUUGAAUGGAAUUGAGUGGAAAGAUUUUGUGCAGCCUUUACAUCUGUUGGCUUCAUAUUUUUUUUUAUUUUUUAUAAAGCCUAAAGUGUCACAAACGCCUCUUGUCUGUGUGUAUGGCAUUGUGAGAGUGGUGAUGUACUGUUUGUAAAUCUUUUAUGUUUAAGUAUUUUAUUAUCUGUUAUUAUAAUUAUCCAGUCUGAAACUUUUUUUUGUUGUUCUUCCCCGACUGAAGUCCACCUACUUUUUUAUAGCCUGGCUUCCAGAAAUGUGCGUCCACACUUUUGUCUAAAUCAUUAAUUGCUGUGGAAUUACACACCUCCCACUCUUCUCGUAGUGUCUACAUUCAGUAUGUUGCAUAAUAAAUGGAAUCAAUUUACAGAUCGAAAACUGCCCUUUUAAAAGCAAUUGAAAUCUCAUCUAGCUGCAGCCUGCUUAACAAAUCCUGUUACGUGCAUACAACAGGUGUUUUUAGUGCUAUAUAAAUUAAAGCAUUUCUACUGCUUAGUUGAGAUGAAUAAAAAUCUCAGCAUGG